AUGAAGGUGAAGGAAUUACAAAAUUCGCUAAAGGCACAUGAACAGAGAUUAAUCGAAAGAAUAAAUGCAGAGAAAGAAGUGAAUCAAGGUACAAACCAAGCCCUACAGGCUAGAAGCAAUUACAAAACCAGAGGACGUGGAAAUGGAAGAGGUAGAGGUCGUGCUCGGGGAGGUCGAACCGGAGGCAGAAACUCGGGUGUCUAUGAUCAAAACAAUGAAGACGAAUGUAGUGAAAACAAGAACGACAACAAGAGAGGCGAAAAACACUUAAGAGGGAGAGGAAGAAGUAAAAUUGAUAAAAGAAACAUACAAUGUUAUACGUGUAGUAAGUUCGGACAUUAUUCAUCUGAAUGCUGGCAUAACGAAGAUGGGAAGAAAGGCAAAGGAAAUGAGGAGGCUAAUCUUGUGCAAGAUGCAAAUGAUUCUGAUUCUGAUCAUGUGUUAUUAAUGAGUACAAUCAAAGAUAACGAAAACGAGUGCAAAAAUGGUGAUUCUGCAUGCGAUAACAGGUGUAACGAGUGCAAGAACGGUGAUAAUGCAUGCGACAGGUGUUGCAAGGUUGAACAUGUGUCGUUAGCUGACGAAACGAGUCAUGCAGAAGAUGAAUCCUGUUGGUACUUAGACACAGGUUGCUCCAACCAUAUGACUGGGAAGAAAGAUUUGUUGUUAGAUCUGAAUCCGAGUAUCAAAAGCAGCGUGCGAUUUGCCGAUGAUAGUGUGAUCACGGCUGAAGGAGCUGGAAGAAUCAUGAUCAAACGUAAAGAUGGACGACCUGCCUACAUGAAUAAUGUCCUGUAUGUUCCAAACAUGAAGAGUAAUUUGCUGAGUUUGGGGUAG